ACAAUUUUAUAUCACUGAAAACAUGAUAACAAGUACGAACGCUCUUCAUCAUAAUAAUUAUAAAUAAAUCUAUAGCAAUACCAUACCAGUAUCAUUUAGAAUUUCAUAACGGUUUUACAACAAAUCCUUAGGGAGCAGUUAGUUUAAAAUGGCACCAAAAGGUCAAAAUGAAGAUUCACCCGUGUUUAGCACAUCAGAAUGUAAAAGAUUUAUUGUGGACUGCCUAGAAGCAGUAGGAACCAUUCCAGAACAUGCCAAAGCUCAUGCAGACCUUUUAGUAGAUGCUGACUAUCGAGGACAUUACAGCCAUGGAAUGAAUCGAUUAGAAAAUUAUAUCAACGACGUCAUAAGAAAAUCGUGUGAUCCGAAUGCAACGCCAAAGAUUCUGAAGGAAAAUGCCGCCACCGCUUGGGUAGAUGGCUGCAAUGGACUGGGAUCGGUAGUUGGAAACUACUGCAUGGACUUGGCAAUUAAGAAAGCAAAAGAAGUAGGAGUUGGAUGGGUUGUAUGCAAAGGUAUGUAUUAUCAGAUAGAAAUGCUAAUUCGAAAAAACAAACCAAUCCCAGAAGGUUGGGCGUUAGACAGUAACUCAAAUCCUACAACAGAUGCUCAGGCUGCAUUCAGUGCAGGUCGUCUUUUGCCCCUUGGAGGAUCAGAGGAUAGGUCUGGAUAUAAGGGAUAUGGACUUGGGACAAUGAUAGAAAUGUUCACUGGAAUUAUGUCAGGUGGUACCUACGGACCAUAUGUAAGGAAUUGGAGUAUAGCUACAAAAGAGGAGCCUUGCAAUUUAAGUCAAUGCUUUGUUGCGAUAGACCCAGAAAACUUUGCUCCUUUAUUCAACGAUCGUCUUCAAGAUCUUAUGGACUAUUUGCGAAAUUUGGAACCCUUGGAUAAAUCCAAACCAGUGUUGGUUGCUGGCGAUCCGGAACGAAUUCACAUGGCUUCAGUUGAUAAAGCGGGUGGUAUUACAUAUAUUCAAAAUCAAAUAGAUAAUUGUAAUAAAAUCGCUAAAGAGUUAAAUGUAAAGCCGUUACAACCCGUUGCGUAGACAACGCAUCACAUCAUUAAGAUCAUCAUUCAAUUUCACUAUUGAAAAUACUACGUAAUACAUACAACAAAUUUAGAUUUUCUUAAGGCGGAACAUUAAUUCAUAAUAUUGAUAUUGAUUUAAAUCUAUAAAAGAAAAUAAAAUGUUUUUUAAAACUUUU